AACAGAAAAUGCUGAUCCUAUUUUAUAUUCUGCUCGUGCUCAAUAUUGGACGAUGCACAGACGAUCACAUCUUUGAGACAAAGACUGUUGGUGUGGGACAAAGUGUGACUCUAACAUGCCCCCGCAACAGAUUAAGUUUAUCAUCCUUAUUUUGGAUCAGACUUGUUUCUGGAACCUUUCCUGAAAUUUUAGGGGCAACAUAUGCCGUUGAUUUAGGAGUUGAUGUGGAGACCCGUCGCAUUACAGCAAAACAAGGGCCUGGAACUUUUGUUUUGUAUAUUACUGAAACACGUAUAAGAGAUACUGCAGUCUACUACUGUAUAAAGGUGACACAAAGCAAAAUGACGUUUUUGAGAGGAACAUUUCUGAGAAUCAAAGGACCAGAACCUGAUAUCACUGCCGUCACUCAAGAUCCAUCUGAUCCAGUCCGUCCAGGAGACUCAGUGACUCUGCAGUGUUCAGUCCUCUCUGACUCUGAGAAGAAAACAUGUCCAGAAGAACACAGAGUUUAUUGGUUCAGAGCCGCAUCAGAUGAAUCUCAUCCCAGUGUCAUUUAUGCCCAAGUAAACAGUAGUGAUGGAUGUGAGAAGAGUCCUGAAGCUCACUCUCCACAGAAAUGUGUCUACAGCUUCUCUAAGGACGUCAGCUCCUCUGAUGCCGGGACUUAUUACUGUGCUGUGGCCACAUGUGGAGAGAUAUUAUUUGGAAAUGGAACAAAAGUGGACAUUGAAGGAGCCAGUACGUGCUCACAGGAUGCAGUUGCAGUUAUUUUUCUUCUGUGUGCUGUGUUGGCUAUAAGUCUGAUUGUUGUAGCCGUCCUCAUCUACGCCAUGAAGAAGAAAGAGAAUGAUUGUUACAGUGCUGCUGUUGCCGUGCAGAGAAACAGUGGUGGUCGGAAAAGUCAACAGAGAGAUGAGGACACACAGGUUUAUUCUGCUGUCGUCUUCACCGUGAUGAAAACUGGCAGUGGUGCAAUAAAGGAUUCAAGAGCAGCAGAGAGACAGAGGAUCUAUGCUGCUGUCAAGGCUUUUGGGUUGGAUUAGUGAGGUCACAGGUCUGUUUGCCAUCAGCUGGUACUGUGUGAUCUAAUUCAUGUUGGUCUGUUAUGAGCUGAAGGAUUUUUUAUAUGUGGCUAUUAGGUAAUGAUGUGCAUGCAGGUGUCUGCAAGGGCCCGCUUUGGUCCAUUUGGCUUUUGGCCUAUGUGGGCAUCUGUGUGCGGCCCAUUUUUUGAGACCCCACCUUCAGAAAAAGCUGCGCAUCCAGCAUCUUUUUUCAAAGCACUCCAGCUUUUUAAUGUGGCCACUCCGAGUGCUUCCAGUUUGAAACCUCAGAACUUCUCACAAAGAUGCUGGUGACGUCACAGUCGUUCCUUUAGCAACUGUAUGAUAUGUCAGUCAGAAACCAUCACAGCAAAGACAGAACAGUCCAUUUGUGGGAGCAGACGACCAGACGCUGAAUGUUGCUGGUGAGUGUUGUGCUUUCAUUAACGUACGCAUUGUAAGCUUGUUGUUGAAUGUGUAGUUAACCCUAUGUUAAGGUAUCAUUACGUUAGCUACCAAGCUAAUAUUAGUGUCAUGAUCUUGUUGUCAUAGAAACCUACCAUGUGCAGCACAUCAUUAAAAUAAGCGUUGGGAGUGAAUGUGGCCAUGUGGACGCUGGCCCUAAAGAAAGAAGCUAGGUGUCAGUUAACAUGGACAUUACUCAAAUAAGUUUUUUUCUCUCAAAGUGGGAGUAACUGUAAAUAUGGAAUUUUCCAAUGGAUUAGUGUUGGCACAGAUAUAUUAGGUGGAUCAGAUCUGUUUUUGUUUUUGUUUAUUUUUGUUAUUGUUCUUGUGUAACUACUCUUGAACCUGAUUUGUAACUCUGUUAAACUGUGUCAAUAAAUAAAACACACUGCUUUCUAACAUCAA